AUGGCUGGAAUGACUCCAGAUCGACCAAUACAGAAAAGACGGCUCAGGUCACCCCUGCACGAAAUGGACGGUGAGGAGGCGCAUGACGAUGAUGAGCUAGUGGGGACCCCGAAGUCCACUUCAGAAGGUGCUGGCCCGUCUUUGGAUGCAAUUGCGAUUAUUAUGCGCCAAGAACUUCACGCAGCCAUCAGUCCAUUGGAAAACCAAUUGACCUCCAUGGGUGUUACGUUUGAGGAACGCAUGGGCAAGAUUGAAAACACAAUGGCUGAUCAAGAUGUGCGCCUGUCCCGUUUGGAGGAGUCGAUGGCAGCAGACCCUCCUGACACAACUCCGCUGUCAGACUUUGCUGACAAAUUCGCAGCACUCCAAUCCCAAAUCGAUGCUAUCAAAGGGACACCCCAUUCCAGUGAAAACGAUAUGGUGAAGACCAUGGUGGUCGGAGGCUUGCAAGGAUGUGAAAUUUUGCAGAAUGCAACUCAGUGGCUACGAGAAAAAUUGCAAUCCCUGAAUGAUCUUCCGAUCCCGACUCGUGCCAGGAAAAUGUUUCUGUUGGGUCUGCGCUGGCAGCUUGGUGAGUGGGGUUUCGUGAAGCGGGAGGUUGAGAUCGAUGAUCACUACACCAAAAUGGCCAUUGCUGGCAAAUCAGUGGUGCAAGUUUCCAGUGUUCCAGGCGAUCUGAAAGUCGAAUGGGCUCAUGGAUGGACAGCUUGGGAUGAGUUUCAAUCGAGUGCUCAGCUACAACAGAUUAUGGACAGAGCGAACCAGGUGUUGAAGAAGCAAGGGAAAGGCACGGGCAAGAGCAAAAGCAAGGACGCAGGUGCUGCGGCAUACACUGCUUUCUAG